AUGACCUCACGUCGACGUUCAGGUCGUUCAGCAACUCAAAAGAUCCAGUCUUACUCAAGCAACGAAGAGGAAGAGGAUGAAGCUCAGGAAGAAGAAGAAGAAGAUCCACUCUCUGACUUAACUCGACCUCAAUUACUUCAAAUCAAUCGAAGUUUCGAUUCAGUCGCGUCAAAAGUCAUCGACCGAGCAUCUCUUGAUACAUCACGAUCUCCUUUUCCUGAUAUCUUAGAAGAAUCAAAUUCAAGGUCAACCUUUCAAUCCGGUACAGAAGACUUUGCGCCCGGCGGAUUUAUAUCUGGUGAUCAAGCAGAGGGUGAAGAUCAAUAUGACGGUGGUGGCUUUAUUGCCAUGGACGAAGACGAAGGGGGUGGCGGAUUCAUUGCGGACGAUGAACCUGCUCAGCAAGGCGGCUUUGUGACGGAGGAUCGUGAAGGGAGCGUUCAUAAGGAGACUCCAAACCCUCAAUCCGUAUCACGUGAUGCAAUUCCCGUUGAAAGUAUUCCAGAGGCCCUCAAGAUUCUAGGAUUGCCUUACAAGGAUAGCGAUAUUUUGCAAGUAUUCGAACAAGCUGCUUCUUCGGAUGAAGAUGAAUCAGGUUCACGUAGGCAAUGGGUCCGACGCCGUCAAUUUACCCGUGUAUGUGCUGCUUUGAUGGCUGAUCCUGGGAGCGUGACGGGUGAUCAAGAUGGGGGUGAAGAAGUUGCUUCUGGUUCCGAUGUUUCAUUUGUGGCUAGCACAUCACGCAACAAGCGAAGGAAAAAUGGAAAAUCAAAAAGUACUAGCAAAUCAGAUCAUAACUCAACAGACGAUGAAUCUUUUAUUCCUCCCAGUGAAUCUGAGGCUCGUACGACUGGAACAGCACGCUCGAAACCUACUCGCGGAUCACGUGCAAAGAAAGGCGAAGAUAUUGAUAAUCGCAACGUCCUGGAAACAUUUCAGCUCUUUUUCCCAGAGUCCGAUAAGAAGGACCGAACUGCCAUCACAUUUCCCGACAUCCGACGGAUCACUGAAGAACUGGGCGAAAAGAUGACGGAUGAUGAGAUUCAGGAAAUGCUUGAGUACGCUUCUGGGACAAAGGAUUCAUGUGUGGACCUACCAGCCUUUGAGCGAGUAUUGAUGGAUAUCAAGGCUGUUUGAAGACCAAAGAAUCGAUUUGCUGAGCAAAUGUAGAACCAAUCUCGCGACCGCAUUUGUAUGAUCAUUAUUAAUAAUUAUAUUUGUAACAAUAUUUUCUUGAAGCAAAUUUUGAUUGGCC